AUGUUUGAUACUGUUCCAAAGUUUGAGCUAGAUGAUAAUGAAGCGGAGGUCUCUGGCUCCACUGAACCGUUGAACAGGACAUUCGAAACUGGUGUCAACACGGAGAAACUGACUGCUUUGAUCAGUCAUGGUUCUCGAACUGUCACUCGUCCUGUCAAGCCCCGUGAUUCCAAUGCCAGUGCAGCUCUGAACACCACCAGGACUAUGAUCCGAGAAAAACCGAACGCUACAGUAGUUGAAAGCCAGUUGGUUAGUGAUAUUCGAAGGGUGUUGUCUAGGGCGAAGAUGAACGGAACUCCUGAUUUAUCUGAUUUGGAAAAGAAGUUGAUCUGUACAGUUCAAAAGCAUGAAAACGUUUUCGAUGAUAAACAUCAUAUAGAGGCUUCUUCCUCAUCAAAAGCUUCAACAGAGUUGCUGAUGUACAAGCAUUUCAAUGCUGAUUUGAGAAAAAUGGUCAAGCUUUUGAUCUCAGAAGUCCAGAAGAGGGGAGGCGCAAAGACCACGAUUAAAGCAUGCGAUGGGAGCUGCGAGCAUUCUCGAAAAUUAAGCUUGGAUCUACAGAAUGCAGCCGCUGAUGUAGAAGCGCAACACAAGGAUUAUGAGAAACUUAUGGAACAGUUCGAUUACAAUCGAAAAUUACUACAGCAACAAAAACAUGACUACAUCAAUUUGGAGAAUAUUUUGAAUGAGGAGAGAGAGAUGUAUAAGCAACUAAUGGAGAAGUUUUUGAGAUUAAGACAUCAUGCGAUCCGUCAACUGGAACACGCUUCGGGCGAAAUCGUGAACUGUGAGAAUAAGCACGAAGAAGAUACGAAAGGCCUACGUUUGAAGGUAAAAGCCUUCGAACUCGAAAUCAAGAAUCUCAGAGAAGCAGUUCUACUCAAGAGAAAAGAAAACGAUGAUCUGCAGAGAAUGCUCCGAAGUAUAGUGACUGAUCUCGAAGUCCCUUCUGAUACUUCUGAUCCUGAUAACUGGAUUAACUAA